AUGCACUUCACAACCACUGUGCUGGCGGCGGUACUCCUCAGCUACCACCAGACGCUGGGCUCCGCGCUCCCAGCAGCGCCCAACCCAGCCGCAUCCGUCCUCGACGAAGCAAUCGCCACGGCAGAGGCUCAAGCCUCGAACGUCGCCGCGUUCAUCCAAGGCGUUUCCGCAGGCUUGAAACCCACCACCCAACCCGCCAAACCCACCCAAACUCCGCAACCCAAACCAAAACCCAUGUGCGACUACUUAUUCACCAGCGUCCAUCAAUACGGCGGCGGAAGUCCCUACCAAGCGGCCAUCGACCGCCGCAUCAUCUGCUUCCAGAUCAACGACGCGGCGACCGGCAAGACACGUUACGACAAGGACCUGAAUUGGGAUAAUGAGUACGCCUUCAGCGUGGGUCGCGCGGACCACGAGGGUACUCACAAUAUGUGGGCGAGAGGCGCGUAUGAGGGUUUGACGGACUCGUGGCCGGCUUGCGCUGUGUCGUUUGAUGGGGGCGAGUUUGUCAAGGGCACGGGAGGGCAGGAUACAGAUAUCGAUUCGGGGAUUGUGUCGGUCACUACACCGAAGUGUACUGCGAGGCACGAGUGUUAG